AUGUCAUCCAGCGAUCACCACACAUUUUCAAUAGACAAUCAAGACCUCGUCGCCAACUGGAUUAUGACCUUUAAGCUGCAAGGAGCUUUCACAGCACUUGUGACGCCUUUUACAGAAGACGGAAGUGCCGUAGACUACGCCAAACUGCGUGAGUUAGUGGAGUGGCAGAUCCAGGAAGGCAUUAAUGGUCUUGUGCCGAUGGGUACAACAGGUGAGUGCCCCACGGUUACGCACGAAGAGCACGAUCGCGUGAUCGCUGAGGUGGUUGCUGCAGUCAACGGCCGCAUACCUGUCGUCGCAGGCACGGGCUCCAACAACACGGCCGAAGCGCUGCGUUUAACGCGCGCAGCUAAGGAUGCAGGCGCUGAUGCCUGUCUUGUGGUAUGUCCGUACUACAACAAGCCUACGCAAAAGGGCCUGUAUGCCCACUUUAAGGCUGUGGCUGAAGUAGGUCUGCCAGUAGUCCUGUAUAACAUCCCCGGGCGGACCAACGUCAACUUGUCGCCUGAGACCAUUGCUGAGCUCUACAAGCUGCCCAACAUUGUGGCCAUUAAGGAGUCUACAGGCUCUCUGGACCAGGCCAUGGAGAUUGCUGCUCUGUGUGACAUCACUAUUUUGUCUGGUGACGACAACCUGACGCUUCCGCUCAUGGCGAUGGGUGCUACGGGUGUCAUUAGUGUACUUUCCAACGCCUCCCCAAAGAAGGUUCUAGCUGUCACGAAUCCGAUGCUAAAGGGCGACUAUGCUACCGCUCGCAAAGCUGCUUUAGAAAACAUCUUUCUGGUCAAGUCGCUUUUUAGUGAGGCCAAUCCGCAGCCCAUUAAAAAGGUGCUGCAGCUUAUGGGCAAGUGCUCGUCUGCUGUGCGUCCCCCUUUGGUAAAGUGCGAGCCCUCAACCAUUGAAAAUCUCACGAAGCUGGUCCAGGAGCAUAAGCUUAUAUAG